CAGCAAACGGCUAUUACUACUCUGCCUAGCGGAGUUCAUCUUCUCAAACUGAAUUUUGAUUUAAUUUUUCGCGGGAAUUCCGAGCGCCCCCCCAAAAAAAGAAGAAAAAAAAGGCAAUGCUCUCGGCAACUUUUCUCUUGCCACGGUUCUCUCCUUCUCUACCACCUUCACUUUUCUUUACCCAACCAUCCAAAUCUUCGACACAAAGGAAGAGCUCGAAGACAAGGAAUAAUAAUUAUUGCAGGAUCGCCACGGAUUUGCGUUGCUUUUGCAGCGAAGAUCCGAAUUCAACGUCCCGUUAUCAGAACCCAAGUUUUACCUCUGGCUCCCAAGAAAACCCAGAUGUGGAUUUUCUUGAUAAUGAGUCGGAGAGCCAGUGGCUCAGUCCUGAACGCCUCGCGCUGUGGCUCCGGUCGUGUCGUAGUUUGAAGGAGGUGAGAAAGAUACAUGCGGUUGUUGUGAAAUUUUUGCGGGAUUCGGUCACGUACGUUGGCAAUAAUUUGAUAAGUACUUAUUUGGGGUUCGGGAAGUUAGGUGAGGCCCGUAAGGUGUUUGAUGAAAUGCCGAACAAGAAUGUGGUUACUUGGACUGCUGUGAUCAAUGGGUAUUUGGAUGUUGGUUUGGAUGAUGAGGCUUUGAGUUUGUUUGAGGAUUCUAUUGAAAAUGGGGUUCGAGCAAAUGGGAAGAUGUUUGUAUGUGUUUUGAAUUUGUCUAGUAGGAGAUUGGAUCUUGAGCUUGGGAGUCAAAUUCAUGCUUGUAUUGUGAAAGGUGGUUUGAGGAACUUGAUUGUGCAGAGUGCCAUUGUGUACUUCUAUGCACAAUGUGGGGAGCUGCAAAGUGCAUUUCGCGCAUUUGAUCAGAUGCCCGAUCGGGACGUGGUUUGUUGGACAACUAUGAUUACUGCUUAUUCACAACAAGGGCAUGGGCAGGAGGCCUUUUCGCUGUUCUCACAAAUGUUAAGUAACGGGCUCUCCCCUAAUGAGUUUACAGUGUGUGGUGUUCUGAAGGCCUGUGGAGAGGAGAAGGCAUUAAAAUUUGGGAGACAGUUACACUGUGCCGUAGUGAAGAAAAUGUAUAAGAAUGAUGUUUUUAUAGGGACUUCCCUUGUUGAUAUGUAUGCAAAAAGUGGGGAGAUGAUUGAUUCUAGAAAAGUAUUUAAUAGAAUGAAGAAUAGAAACACAGUUACAUGGACAUCAUUCAUAGCUGGAUAUGCUCGAUAUGGGCUUGGUGAGGAGGCCAUAAGACUCUUUAGAGUAAUGAAGAGACGAAAUAUAUAUGCUAACAACUUGACAAUUGUAAGCGUCCUCAGGGCUUGUGGCUCUAUUGAGGCUUCACUGUUGGGGAGAGAACUUCAUGCACAAAUAAUCAAGACUUCUGUCGAAACCAAUAUUUACAUAGGAAGCACUCUAGUGUGGUUCUACUGUAAAUGUGCAGGGUACCUUCGUGCCUUCAAGGUCCUCCAACAGAUGCCUCUUAGGGAUGUUGUCUCAUGGACUGCCAUUAUUUCUGGUAGUGCACGACUUGGGCAUGAGUCUGAGGCUCUUGAGUUCAUGAAAGAAAUGAUGGAGGAAGGUGUGGAUCCCAACUCUUUUACUUAUUCAUCGGCUCUGAAAGCAUGCGCUAAUCUGGAAGCUAUCCUUCAAGGGAAAUCAAUUCAUUCCCAUGCAAACAAGACCCCUGCGUUGUAUAAUGUCUUUGUGGGUAGUGCAUUAAUUUCUAUGUAUUCGAAAUGCGGAUAUGUAUCAGAGGCGUCCCAAGUUUUUGACAGCAUGCCAGAGCGGAAUUUGGUUUCUUGGAAGGCAAUGAUUCUGGGUUAUGCUAAGAAUGGGCUCUGCCAAGAGGCUUUGAAGCUCAUGUAUCGGAUGAAAGCUGAAGGUAUUCAGGUCGAUGAUAACAUCUUAGCUACAGUUCUUAUUGAAUGUGGAGAUUCUGAGUGGGAUAUGGAGCCUUCAUCUGAGUAUUCCUUGCUGUCAAGCUAAUCCUUUGCUAUAUAGGGAUUCUGAUGUUUGAACUUAUACAAAAUGUAUUGGCAAAGAGUGAUCUGCCUGGCUCCCUGUUUGAUCCCUGCCAUCUUUGCUCUUGAGUAGGAAGGGGAGAAAGAAAAUUUGUUCAGUUCCAAAUCACUUCAUUCAUCCAGGUGAUUUGCCCUGUGGUUUUCUCGGGAACAAUGUAUUGUUACUUUCCUUCAGGAACGCAGAGCAGCAAAGCUCUCAUCAGUAAGAAGGCCUUAAUGUAGACAUGUGCAAUGUAUUAGUUAUGUAAAUGAUUAAUUCAAGAUUAGUUAUUUAAAUUUUUUUCUUGGUUUAUACACAUCGAUAAUAUUUGUU